AACAUGCAGUAUAUAUACCAGAGACAAUAAUCUUACGCCGUUAUACCUCAACAACCGCUCCUACGACAUUUCAAUCAUGACUUCGACGUUUCCGCCCCUCAUCCAAGCUUUCUCUGGAGGGUUUGGGAGUGCAGCGGCAAACGCAAUCUGUUAUCCACUCGAUCUUGUCGCUACACGGGUGAGAACUACUAGCUCAAAAAAAAUCAGAGGACUGCGAGGUAUCCUCUUGACCAUCCGGCAUAUUCACCGCACGGAAGGAUGGGGUGGUUUGUACGACGGACUCGGAACUGACACCCUGGCCAACUUCCUCUCGAGUUUCCUGUACUUUUAUUUCUACAGCUUCCUGCGGGCUAUACUCGUCCGUCGGAAGGCGCGUUUCUUACUGCCAUCAGGGAAAGCUAGGAAUCCAGCCAGAAUCCUCUUGAGCGCACCUGAGGAGAUCGGAGUUGGGUUCCUUGCUGGUGUUGCUAGUCGUUCGAUUAUCACGCCUCUCAAUGUCAUCACAGUUAGACUGCAGACGGUACACGAUGACAGUGAUGACGAGGAGAAUAAUGCUGAGAUACCUACGCCGCAAGAACCAGGGCCUGUAGACGUUACACGAGAGAUAUACAGUGAGGACGGUCUGCAAGGUUUCUGGAAAGGAUUUAAGACGGCAAUCCCGCUCUCAUUCAACCCAGCACUUACCAUGUUCCUCUUCCAGAUAUUCCGCCGCGUACUCAACAUCUAUCAACCAUCGAGCGCAAAACUAGCAACUCCGAGUCCCCGAGAAGCAUUCCUCGGUGCAGCAUUCUCCAGCACUUUCACUACCACAGUCUUGUACCCACUCAUCCUGGCAAAGACCUGGUUACAGAUGCAACACCACGAAGAUCCCGAGUCGCAUCAUGAUCCGGGUGUCGCGGCAAGUUCUACGUGGUUGAUCUGGAAAAAGGCGUACAGGAAGAAUAGUUGGUCUGGAUUGUAUCAAGGUUUAGAAGCUCAGCUAGUGAAAGGCUUUGUGAGUCAGGGUGUCGCCAUGAUGGUUAAGUCGAGGGUUGAACUUAUGAUCUUUGCGCUGUAUCUGAGGCAGUGGAGGAAAAUUCAUUCGUAAUUCUUCGUUUGGCUCUUGAUGAAGUACUCUACAUCCGUAUAUCUUCUCUUGUGAGUAGAGAUUAAAUUUCUUGGAAAGCG